AUGGGCAGCAGAAACAAAACCCCUCGUACCAUUGGCAAGAACAAGCCUGUGUUCCAAGGUCGAGUCAUUACCAAAAAGAAGCAAAAACAACACGAUCGUGCCAUCAAGAACACCCAAAAGUGGCUUGCUUCGAAGGGAUUGGUUGCUGCUCCCGAGGAGGAAAUGUCAGACGUCGUUGUAUCAAGCAACCCAAAGUUACAGAGAGUGGUUGUUGAAGUGCCUGCCGAAGUCCUUGCUGCUGCUGCUGCCGGUCCUGGUACAACUCUUGGUCAACCCCAAUAA